GCUCGAGAAAUCACAGUCGUGGUCUUGCGUCGACUGACAGAGACACAGCUAGGCUGCUCCACUUGUGUUUGUGUAUUCGCACCACACAAUUAAGUGGAUCCACGCCGGCGAGACCGGCAGUGGUUCAGACGACAUGGCUCUCUCGCUGCUUGCGGCCGCCGCCCUCCUCGCCGUCUUCAUCCUGCUGCCGCUCUCAUACCUCCUCUUCCAUGCCGUCAUCAACAAGCCUGCCCCUGCCUCUCCGCAGCGUCACGGUGCCAGCGGCCAUGGGCGACGUCCACGGAGGCUGCCGCUGCCGCCGUCGCCGCCAGGCCUCCCGCUGCUCGGCCACCUGCACCUCCUCGGCUCGCUGCCGCACCGCGCCCUCCGCUCCCUGACGCGGGCGCACGGGCCCGUCAUGCUGCUCCGGCUCGGCCGCGUGCCCGCCGUCGUCGUGUCCUCCGCCGCGGGGGCCGACGAGGUGAUGCGGGCGCGCGACCUGGCCUUCGCCAGCCGCCCCAGGAUCGCCAUGGCCGACCGCCUCAUGUACGGCCGCGACGUCGCCUUCGCGCCCUACGGCGACUACUGGCGCCAGGCGCGCCGCGUCUGCGUCGUGCACCUCCUCAGCGCGCGCCGCACCCGGUCCUUCCGACGCGUCAGGGAGCAGGAGGCCGCCGCGCUGGUCGACCGCGUCAAGGCCAUGGCCGGAGCAGCCGGCGGCGCGGCCGUCCUCAACCUCAGCGAGCUCCUUGCCGAGUACGCCAACACCGUCGUGUGCCGCGCCGCUUUCGGAGACGAGAGCGCUCGCGGCCUGUUCGACGGCGGCCGCGAGCGGAUCAGGGAGGUGCUCACCGACUUCCAGAAGCUGUUGGGGACGGAGCCGCUGGGGGAGCUCCUGCCGGGGUUGGGAUGGGUGGACGCCCUGCGCGGGCUGGACGGGAAGAUCACGCGCACGUUCCAGGCGCUCGACGCCUUGCUCGAGAAGGUGAUCGAUGACCACCGCCGGCGGCCUCCGAACACGGACGACGGCGAUCACCGGGACUUCGUGGACGUGUUGCUGGACGUGCACAAGAACGACAAAGAGUGCGGCAUCCAGCUCGAGACCAACGAAAUCAAGGCCAUCAUCCUGGACAUGUUCGCCGCAGGCUCGGACACCACCAGCACGGUGAUGGAAUGGGCCAUGGCGGAGCUCGUGACCCACCCGCGCACCAUGCGCAAGCUCCAGGACGAGAUCCGCGCGGCGGUCGGCUGCACGCCCACCGGCGGCGGCGGCGUCGUCGUCGACGAGGACCGCGUCGCCCAGCUGCACUACCUCAAGGCCGUGGUGAAGGAGACGCUGCGGCUGCACGCGCCUGUCCCGCUGCUGGUGCCCCGGGAGCCGCCGGCGGACGCGGAGAUCCUGGGCUACCACGUGCCGGCGCGCACGCGCGUGGUGGUGAACGCCUGGGCCGUCGGCCGGGACCCCGCGGCGUGGGAGGACGCCGAGGAGUUCGUGCCGGAGAGGUUCUCGGGCGGCGCCGCCGCCGUGGACUUGAAGGAGGGGCAGCAGCGCUUGGAGCUGGUGCCGUUCGGCGCCGGCAGGAGGGGGUGUCCCGGGGCCGGGUUCGCCGAGGCAAGUAUCGAGACGGCGCUGGCGAGCUUGGUGUGUCAUUUCGAUUGGGAGGCGGCAGGCAAGUCGCUGGACAUGAGCGAGAUGAACGGCCUGACCGUGCACAUCAAGUCCGGCCUGCCGCUCGUAGCGAAGCCGUGGGUCCCGUGAUACACAUGCAUGCGUUUUAUAUAUUCAGGUUGUGUGUUGGUAGUAGUAUUGUACUAUCGUUAUACUGUAGCUAGGCAGUACAGCUGUCACAUUAGUAGUUUGGAAAAGAAAGAGACAUGAACAUGAUAGUAGUAGUCACGUUUUGAUCAGAUUAAUUAGAGAAUAACAUCUUGCGCCUUGUUUAGUUCC